AUGGUCAACGAUUACAUUACCUCCACUCAGGUCGUCAUCAAGACCCACGGCCUUGAGCAGGGCGCCAGCAUGAUAUGCAGUGUGAGAUGGUUCGAAGCGCUGGGGUGUUCCGCGAGACUGCGUCCAAACGAUCGCACCAGCCGUCAUGCUUUUGGCGACUUUUCCAACGUAUAUAUGGAUCAAUCAUGUUUGAGAACCGCCAGGUUGUGGUGGACACUCCAGGAUUCACUGCCACUAUACUUUCGCAACUUCCGUACCACACUUUAUAUACAGUCGGAUGCGAACUACGCCUCCUGGAACCGAUCUCCUUACCAGAACACCUUUGAGACGAUCUCAAAGACUACAGAAGGCCUGACUUUCAAGUUUCCACUCACAGUCACCUUCCCAGAGUAUCAGAGCGUCGAUCAACUUGGGAAUAGACGAACAAGAGAGCUGUACGAUCAAACGAGUAGCUAUCUCAAAACCCAAAGACUAGUUCCAGACACGAAAUCUCGUCGCGUUGCUUCCCAAACCUCGAUUCCGGCACCGCGCACAACCCCGCCACCUACAACCACUACCAUGGUACCGAGAGGUCUAAAUAGUGAGGAGAUCGAAGAAGACCUGGUAACCAUAGGAUUGAGGCUGCGCACAAAGAAGAGAAAGCGCUCUGGUGCUAUACUACCAUGGCACUGA